AUGCCACCAGACACAAAUGCAGAAGAAGAAGAAAAGCCAAAAUGGGAAAAUGUUGUCAUUGAUCAACCGGAAUUAAAAAAAGCUAAAAUAUCUGGUAUACCAUAUACGGGUUCGGAAGGUUCUCUCGUACCAUCACAAUCAUCAGAUUUCGAAUGGAAUUCAAUUGAUAUAGCAAAAGCAGGAGAUUUACUUUUAUUACCACCUGAUAAAACUCCAGAUUUUCAAGAUGAAGAAGAGAUGAGAAGAAUAUUUUCAUUGAUUUACGAUGUUUUCCGUUAUAAAUGUAUUUUAUGUAAAGCACUUGAAGAAAUUAAUUUUUUUCAAAAAUAUCCAGAGCAUGAAAAUAAUAAAAGUUUAGUUUGGCUUUUGUUUUACGAUUUAUACAAGAGAAGAUUUCUUCCGAGAGUUCACGCUGAUGUUUUAAUAUCAUCUGAAGUUUUUGAAAAACUCGGCCUUGAUAUCGUUGAAAAAAAUCUUUGGAAUUCCAGAGUAAAAUUAGCAGCAUCAUUAGCUAGGUUAAGAAUUAAAAAUAAUGCAUUAAGAUUAAAUCAAUUAUUACCUCUACAUUUAAGAGAUGAAAGAUUUGUUUCAAUUGAUAGUAGUCCAGUUACCGGUUGGCUAAAUACUUUUAAAAAAAGUAAGAAAGAAAUAUGUGAUAACAUAGAAAAAUUAGGUUUUCGUCUGCAAAACAAACACGAAACCGUUUUGACUAAAAACGAUUUUCGAUUCGAUAAUUUAUGUCCGAAAGUACUUUUAUGUCAUCCGAUACAAAGACCAGAACUUGCACAAUCAUCUCUUAUUAAAAAUUACAGCAUCAUUUUACAGGAUAGAGCUUUUUGUAUUGGACCUGCAUUACUGGGUAAAGUAUUAACGGAAAAUCCUCUUCGUGGUACCAUAGCUCAAACGCACGUCAACACUCCAAGAGCUACAGCAUAUUUAGCAAAUAUAAUAGUUGAUAAUGACAGAUUGGAAAAAUUAGUAGCGUUCGGAGCUGGAGAUAAGUUACUGGAAUAUCAAACGUACAUACACGAAUUGGGUAUAAAUAAUUGUGAAAUAUACGCAGAAAGAUUUGCGGAUCUUCAUCCGGAGGCAGCGGUUUUAGAAAAUUUAGUUGCCGUUUUAGCAACUCCUCCAAAUAGUUACACGGGUGUAACCGAUCCGGUUGAUUUAAUAUGUAGUCGAGGUGGCGAUAUGGAUAUGUUAAAAGGACUCACACAAACGGAAAUAAAAGAAAAUUCAUUAGGUUAUUUACAAGAGCAAAAAGAAACGCUUAAAUAUUGCAUGUCACUACCCCAGGUACAGAUAAUUUUAUACGAAACGCAUUCAAUAUCACCACAAGAAAAUUUUGAAAUGGUGAGUAACGUUAUUGAAACAAUGAAUGGAUUAGCAAAAGAAAAACACGAAGAAGAACAUAGAUUGGCUCUUGAAAAAGAAGAAGCCGAAGAAAAAAUGAAUAAACCUGUUUUCAUACCUGGUAAACCAUCAUCGAGAGAACAAAAAGAUAAAGAAAAUCAAGAAGUUAAAAUAUCCGUUCUUCCAGUUGAAAUCGAAGUACCUCCUUGUGAUUUAUUCGAAGUUGCUCCACUUCCGGAAUUUUACAAUCACGGUAGCACGUGUUUUUCCGAAGAAGGUUGUUUUAUAGCUAAAAUUCAAAGAAAGGAAAUAAUUAGUUUAGACGCGAAAUACAUGAUAAAAAUAGCAGAAGCAAGAGGUUUGUUUGGUUCAGAAAUGGGAAAGAAAAAACCAACGGGUAUGAAAAUACAAAAAAAACAAGAAAAACGAAGACAUUCAUCAGCAAAAAUUAAAAAUAAAAAAGCAAAGCUGGAAAUAGACAGAUUGGCGGCUCCGACACAAUCAACAAUAAUAAAAUCUAAAAGAGAAUCUUCUCCGAUAAUUUGGUCAAAACAAUCAUCAUGUCCACGUCACGAAUCACAUUCAUCGGAUACCGAAAGCAAAGUAAUUAAAUCUAGGAAAAAAUUAUUAAAAAUAUGGUGGCAGGAAACAUAUAAAUUAGUAUUGAAAAAAUUAUUACAUAAAAAGAAAAAAAAUGCAAAAUCAAAGGGGGGCGUAGGAGGAGUAGGAGGUUCAUCAUCAAAUGUUAGAAUACCACGACUUAAAUUACCCCGACACGAUAAGAGACAAAGGAAACAACAACCUUUUCCUUUACGUAAAGCCAUCAUAGAUUUCGAAACUCCUAACGAAACUCUUAUUAUCGAUUACAUACUUAACACUUUUGAUAAUUAUCAGGAUGAUGUUUACGUCAUCGUAAACAACAUCAACGUUGAUAAUAAAAAUUAUUUAAUACCUAAAUUGGUGGAUAGAAAAAAUUCAAGAUCAAAGAAAAGUCAGGAUGAAAGUGUUAGAAGGUUAUCAAAGCCGACACCGAGAAGAUUAACGAAUCAAGAUAAUUUUUCUAGUGAGAUAAAAGCAAGAUUUUGGAGAUACGCAACGGCCAAAUCCGUUGAAGAUUUGAUAAGAGCAUUGAAGAAAAAAAGAAAAGGGAAAAGAUUAUUCAAAGUCGAAGAUUAUUUCUUUUUUAAAGAUGAAGAUUUAUAUAUACCAGAGUCGUCGCAAAAGAGAAUUUUUUUAACUAAUUCAGGAGAAAAAAUCGAAGAAGUUUUCGAAAACCAAACAAUUGAACAAGAUCAACAGAAAUUAAUUGGGAAAAAUAAAAAAUCAUUUAUAACGACAAUGGCGGCGUCGGCGGCGGCGGUGGCAAACGAUACAACAUUAAUUCCCGAUUUUGAAAUAAUAAAACCUUAUAAAAAUAAAGAUGUCCUCCGGAUAACAUCCUACGGUGCCGUUUCUGAUAAAUCUUUACCAUCUCCUGCCCUGUCUGCAUCGAUCAAUAGCACUUAUAAUAAUUUCGACGUCCAUGAUGGAUUUGGUGCCUUUCAAAAAUGCAUCGAUAGUGCUAGUGUGAUAUUUAAAAAAAUCGACGAAGUCGUCGAGGAAAAUAAAAUCAUUGAUAUAAAAGAGCCUCAAAGACAAGACAUCAUAUUAUCAGCCAAAUAUAUUUCUGGUCCUCAAAUAUCAUCUCAGGACAAAAAAUUCAUACAAACUCUUCAAAACAAAUUGGAAAAACUUCAGCAAACUUAUAAGAAUUCAUGUAAACAAAGGCGACCUUCCCAAGAAAGAAUAAGAAAACUCAGCACACCAAAAGGUAAAUUUAAUUCAAAUCAAUAA